AAUAAUAAUUAUUUAAAGCGACUACAUUCUUAUAGUAAAUCCUAAACGUUAAAUAUAACCAUGUCGGAUGAUCUACCGGAGGAAUUCGAUUUAAUAGUCAUAGGCACAGGCUUCGCGGAGUCCUGCAUUGCCGCCGCUGCCAGUCGCAUAGGUAAAAAUGUCCUGCACAUUGAUUCCAAUGACUACUAUGGCGACGUUUGGAGCUCGUUUAGCUUGGAGGCAUUUAAUAAAUUAUUGGAGCAGCCAAGCAGCAGCGUGCGCAAUGGGAGUUACACCUGGCAUAAUGCGACUGAUGAGCAUGGACAGGAACAGGAGCAGGAGCACCAGGCAACGAGAUGGACACGCGAAUCGCUGCUAGAGAAGUCUCGUCGUUUUAGCCUGGAUCUAAGUCCACGUGUCGCCUAUUGCGCUGGCUCCUUGGUGCAAUUGCUUAUCAAGUCGAAUAUCUGUCGUUAUGCAGAAUUUCGCUCCUUGGAUCAUGUGUGUAUGCUGUACAACAAAGAACUCGUCUCAGUACCCUGUUCCCGCAGCGAUGUCUUUAAUACCAAAACUCUGACUAUGGUCGAGAAACGACUCCUGAUGAAGUUUCUGACCGCUUGCAAUGAUUACGGCGAAGAUAAAUGCAACGAGGAUUCGUUAGCGUUUCGCGGACGCACCUUUCUGGAGUAUUUGCAGGCACAGCGGGUGACGGAGAAGAUCUCCAACUGUGUGAUGCAAGCGAUUGCCAUGUGCGAUGCCAGCACCAGCUUCGAGACGGGCAUGGAGCGCACCCAGCGUUUCCUUGGCAGCCUCGGUCGCUAUGGCAAUACGCCCUUUCUGUUUCCCAUGUACGGCUGUGGCGAAUUGCCGCAAUGCUUCUGCCGUCUGUGCGCUGUUUAUGGCGGCAUCUAUUGCCUAAAGCGCAGCGUCGAGGAUAUCAAUUGGACGGAGAGCGAGCUGCUUGUGAGCAGCGCAGGGAAAACAUUGCGGGCAAAGCAUUUAGUUUCUGCUCCCUCUCAACUGCCAGCCACAUUGGCCACACACUUCGGAGACUCCGAACCGCGUUUAUCGAGAGGCUUGUUCAUUACCUCCAAGCCCCUGGGCAGCGAAGAGCUAAAUAAAGGAGGCGGAGGCGUCAAUUUCUUACGCUUGCUUACGACGAAUGGAGAGCGGGAGGCUUGCCUGAUACAACUCUCACACUAUUCGGGCGCAUGUCCAGAGGGUUUAUAUAUACUCCACUUAACGACGCCCGCAGUAAGCUCCAAUCCAGCAGGAGAUUUGGCUGACUUUGUGGCGCAGCUUUUUGAGCCGAACGCCAGCGAGAUCCUCUACAGUGCCUACUUUACAAUAGCCGCUCCAGCUGCCGAGAGUAUUGCAAACGCUGCCACGCCCAUCUACUGCACAGCGGGACCCGUCUACGAGCAGGAUUAUGAUGCGGCCAUAGAGAAUGCGCGUCACAUCUUCAGCCAGCUUUAUGAGAAUGAAGAGUUUCUGCCGCGAGCACCCGAUCCAGAGGAGAUUGUUGUCGAUGGCGAGGAUCCGAGUGCGCUAAAUGAGCACAGCCUGCCGGAGGAUUUGCGUGCACAGCUGCAGGACUUGGAGCAGGCAGCACAGCAAAUGGAUAUAGCGGAAUAACAGGGCAACGAGAAGAAUGAAGGAAGACAACUUUAUUAUUUAUUUAUUCAUCACUUUAUUGAGAAAACA